AAAAGUAAUUCUAAACAUACUAAAUUUUUUUUACCUUAUAUUUUAACUAAUAAAUUAAAAAGUUACUGAAAUAAUCUAUUCCUAAACAAGACCUAGGUCAAUUUGGAAAAAUAUUUUAGAAACUACAGGUAAAAAACACACAAACUACUCGUCCCUUACGGGCUCUGCCAGUGCAUGUGAGAAAAUUAUAUCUAAUUUUGUGAUUCAUUCUGUAAAAGAAAGGGAUCGUAAUUACCAAUUUUUUAUAAUAUGGUGCCCCAAUGCGACUGUUGGUACAUCAUAGUUGGACCAUGGUGGGUAGCCACCUGAGAAUUGCUAGAGAAGAUUGCACUUUGUCGUGUUUGACCUGUCAUCCUCGGCUUCCAUAGCAAUUUCAAUUCAAUAGUGUGACCCAGUGGGGGUUGUCUUUGCUUUGAAUAAAUUUCAAAGAGCUUCCAUUGGAAGCUCAUUCCUCUAUAUUUGUUCUAUAAAACCCAUCUGCCCAGAAUGGCCACAAUUCAAGCAAACACACAACAAUCUAGUAAAACAGAGCUUUCUUGAUCUUCUUUGUUUUCCACUUUCCAAAAUUUGCAAAACCAUGUUUUCUCUAUCAAACAUGCCUUCAACAACAUCGGUUUUGUCAACAUACACCACUUUCGCUGCAUCAGCCAUGUUGGUUAGGACCGUGCUCAACGAAGUCCAAACCCUGACCAAUCAGCUCAUACCGCAACAACUCCAAGAGAAAAUCUUAUCCAAACUCGGCCUACUGGGGAACUUCUCUUCAUCUCAAGUGACUCUUGUCAUCGAGGAAUUCAAUGGGUUCUCCAAAAAUGAAAUGUUUGAGGCCUCGGAAAUGUACUUGAGGACAAAAAUAAGCCCUUCUGUUGCACGGCUCAAGGUGUCCAAAGCAGCUAGGGAAAAGGACUUAUCUGUCACCAUCAACAAGGGCGAGAAGAUUGUGGAUACAUUUGAAGAUAUCAAACUCACUUGGCAAACCGUAUGUACUGAGACGCAAAAGACAAGCACGGACUAUGAAGGCUAUUUCGCUUCUGAAAAGGUUGAGCGUAGAUCGGUUGAGCUCAGCUUCCACAAAAAAUACAAAGAAAAUGUAUUGAGCUCUUACUUGCCAUUUAUAUUGGAGAGGUCAAAAGCUAUAAAAGAAGAAAACAAGGUUGUGAAGAUCUACACACUUGGAAACUUCUAUGGAGAAUAUGAUGGAGGAGCUUGGGGUUCAGUCAAUCUUGACCAUCCAUCCACAUUUGACACAUUGGCAAUGGAUCCAAUUCUCAAGAAGGAAUUGAUAGAUGACUUGGACAGGUUUGUGAAGAGAAGAAAGUUCUACAAGAGGGUUGGGAAGGCAUGGAAACGUGGGUACUUGUUGUAUGGCCCACCGGGGACAGGCAAGUCAAGCUUGAUUGCAGCCAUGGCUAACUAUCUGAAAUUUCACAUUUAUGACUUGGAGCUCACGAGUCUCCAGAGCAAUUCAGAGCUUAGGAGGCUUUUAGUCGCUACUGCAAACCGAUCAAUUCUUGUGAUCGAGGAUAUUGAUUGCAGUAGUGACUUUGAUAACCGACAAGUUGGAGGAUGCAAUCAAAGUGACAGCCAGUUGACACUAUCCGGGCUACUUAAUUUUAUUGAUGGGCUCUGGUCAAGUUGUGGUGACGAGAGGAUAAUUGUAUUUACCACAAAUCACAAAGACAGACUCGACCCUGCGUUGCUCAGACCAGGUCGUAUGGACAUGCACAUCCACAUGUCCUACUGCACUCCUAGUGGUUUUAAGAUCCUUGCCACUAACUACCUCGGUCUAAACAACCACUCCAUGUUUACUGAAAUUGAGAAGCUCAUAACAGAGGUGGAAGUAACCCCGGCAGAGAUUGCAGAAGAACUCAUGAAAAGUGAAAUAGCCGACAAAGCCCUUGAAGGACUCAUCAAAUUCCUACACAAGAAGAAAAAAGAACAUGGUAAAGUCAAUGCUGAAUCAGAAAAAGAAGCAAAUGAACAAGCAAAAGAAAGCCAGGAAGUAAAGGUUGAAACUAAAAUUAAAACAAGGAAUAAUAAGAGAAAGACGAGAAGGAGCAAGAGGAGGAUUUGAAGGAUAUGUGAGCAUUGUAUUGCCUGUGUAUGCUGAAUAAUAAUGUAUCUAAUAAUUAGUAUAACCCUUCUUAGUGAAGUGAAUAAAUUACAUCAUGGCAUACUUCUAAUCCAUGGUGCUUGUAGAAGAAGCACAAAGACCUUCCGUGAUAAGAAUUAAGUAGAUGGAGUUUAUUUGAAUAUGAAAGCAGAGUAUAUUUACUUGCAACUCUAAUGCUUAACAUGACCAAGGACAUGGUGCAAACAAUUUUGAGACCACUUUCAUUAUUUUAUCUCAUAAUUGCUCGAAUGGAGGCAACCUUAAGGAAGUUAGGGAGUUUUAACAUGUGACAUCCAGGUUCAAUUCUAAUCAGUGAACAAAUAGGAGAAGAGCAUGAGUGCCAAGUAGAAGCUCUAUUUUGAGACAGCUUAUAAAGAGUCCACAUCUAGAGUAGUGUCCUAAAAAAAUAACUUUAAACCACGUAGCUGAACAUAUUAUCUACAACAAAACUACUUACCCAGAAAAAAAUACCCAAAACAACACAUCCAUGGACCCACAAUUAUUCUGAGUGUAAGCCCACAUCCCAAAAAAUUUAAAUCUACACCAUGCACCUCACAUAAUUUUCAGGACAAAAUCAUGGUAAAUAGCAAUUUUCUUUUAUUGAACACCUAAAAUUCAUGCCACACUGCAGUGUGUACCAAAAUGCACAAUCAAACACAUCAAGAAAGAGAACAAAUGCCCAAAAAGUAUGAAACCGGUACUGGUUUUGAGACCGUCUUCAACUAAACAUCACAUUGCAUUUAAAAAGGAUUGUCACACAAUCACUUUGUCGAACAACUAAAAUGCAAAGUGCAGCAUGAAGGAUUUCUCCAGUAAUCAAGACAACAACUUUUUAAAAACCAAACACAGCUAAACAUUUUAUUGAAGAAUUAAAAUUCAUAACAC